UUUAUUGUGUGCAGAACGUUGUCGCGUCCCAGUCGAUUCUUCAUUUUCCUCUCAGUUCACUGCCGGAAGCCACACUAUGAUAGUCAAACCAGUUCUCCUGGCGGUAAUCGCCAGCUGCAUGCAGAGCAGCACGGCCAAAUGGACUUCCUACGAAAGUGAUUUCGAAUUCGAAUGUCCAAGUCUCCAUCACCUGAACAGGAUGAACAGCCAAUACAAUGGUAGAAACGACAGAAAAUGGGAGUACGGUUGUACGGAAGGAUUCGUGGGAGAAGAUUGUAUUUGGAGCGAAGAUAUAGUCGAACAAGAAGGCAGCAUUGUCUUCUACUGCGGCAAUGAUGAGGGUGAUGAUCUUGAUACACUCAUGAAUCCAAAAGUCAAGCCAGUUAUAACCGGUGUUAAGUCUCGUUACAACGGUGGUAAGGGAAGGAUCUGGACUUACAAAUGCUGUAAGCUCAAUACGAAACCUGCGACUGAAUGUAGAACCGAGCGUGACAUCAACAAGUGGGGUGAAACCAUGGUAAAAGACUUUCAGGUCGAUCGAGCGAUGUACGGACUCACCUCGUUCAUCCCGGUGGAAAAAUUGGAACAGGGCAACAGAGGCGACCGCUUAUGGAGCAUCAAUACCUGUUUGUACGUCGGUUGUCAGGUAAGGAAGCUCGAAGUUGUAAACCCCAUUGAAACCGUCGAUGAGGGAGAGACCAUGAUAGGAAUCAAUGCUGACCAGACCUGCAGUAAAGAUACGUCAACGCUCAAAUUAUACAGAACCGACUCCGUAACCCGAACUGCGGCUUUUACCAUAGCAAAUGGUCGUGAUUACAACUGGGCUACUUCGCUCCAAGUCAGUGCCACAUUAACUGCUGGAUUCCUUGGUUCUGGUACGACACUAAGCUAUGGUGCGGAACAUACACGAGGCGGAGCCACAACCAUCGAGAGGGCAGAAACGGAUGAAACGAGUACAGGUUCCGAGGACUCGACUGGUAAGGAUUUGUCAUACGACGGUCCCGGUGCGGCUAUGAUCAUCGGCACCAUCAACAGAUACAGGCUCAACACAAACGACAUUGACGUCGACGUCAUCUCUACCUGCGGCGACGGUACCGAAUGGCGAAAGACGACGCAGAUGAACGUGCGCGGUUCGACCUAUGGGAAGGCAUUCUACCGCACGCGACGGGCAACAUUCCUGCCCGGACGAUGUGGCUCAGAGUCAGAGAACUGCAUCGGCGGUAUAAGCGGAGGGAAUGACGCUGAUACGAUCUUUCGACACUUUCAAAACUGCAUCGGCGAUGCGGGUGAUGUUCAAAUAAAAAGACGCUGAUGUACCCAAGGCAUCGGUAGCGCAGUAAAAGCGCACUGGCAAAUCGAGUGACAGUAAUAAAAUGAAAAUAACAAAAGACAAACAAUCUACUUCAUGUCCAUGCCGCCUUAUCGGCGGUGAAUAUCAGUCCUAAAGUCUCCUCCUUUCACCGCCGACACAAAGGGCCAGGAAAUCCGUCGGACGAACUUUCAUAAACGGGCGGCCAAUCAAUUUGCUCGACACAAAGUAAUUGAAUGAGGCCUAAAUUAAUAGUGCCAACCUUACCCUUCUCCUUUACAACAUGAACUCAGCAUUUGGGUUAGGUCAGCAUCCCUGGAACCGUUACUCAUAGAACACCAGGUCUUCCAUUAUGAUGGCAUUCAGUGCCUUUCUCGUGAGACAAACAUGAGUCAGUGUAAUGUUA